GCACAGGCAACGAAUUCCUGGUACAGCGAAGGCCAACAUUAUGAUUAUAACGGGAAUACGCAACAGGGGUGUGGGCACUUUACACAAGUAAUUUGGAAAGGCUCUGAAAAAGCGGGCUUUGGCGUGGCUCGGAGUAAAGACAAAAAAUCAGUUUAUGUUGUUGGACGUUACUUUCCUCCGGGAAAUUAUCAGAACGAAUACAAGAAAAAUGUCCCACCACCAGUGGCCUAA